AUGAUAGAACAGUGUUCCCUUUUGAAUAACGUCGUUUGUGUUAUGGCGAAAAACGUUGGCAUCGGACGGAAAGGGAGCGUGGUUGAUUUGGGGCAGCAUGGAAGGUUUACUACCCAUGCAUUAACUAUGAGGGGCAACUAUCUCCGAGAUGGAUAUAAAAAUCAGUACCGAUAUGCAAAUGGAUCAGAUGGGAACAACAAAAUGCAAAACAACUACAACAAUAGGAGGAAUUUCUAUCAGAAAAAAAAUCCGAACAAAGACCGAGAUAAAGGAAUAACAUUCUGCCCUCACUACACUCUAAGGGGACUGUGCCGUUUUUCGGACGACUGCAAAAAUUUGCACAACUUAAAAUUAGUCGACACGUUUUCUUUGCAACGAUCCUACAUCGAUUGCGCAAUAAUAGUACACGGGCCGAACAACGAGAUAUACCUCUUCACGUCGAUUUCUCCAUACACAAUAAACGUAUGGAUCUUCGUUCCCGGAGAAGGAUCGAAGGAGCUGGACAUAAAGCAUUUGAAAAAGAUCGAGUUUGAACUAACCCCAGAGGAAGAGGAAUACGGAGAUGACAAAGUAAAAGGCAAUAAAAAAAUGAAGAAGAGGAAGAAAAGGGUUCUAUCCUUACUAUACGCGGAAGAGUGCAUUUUCGCAGGCCUGGAUAAUGGAUUAAUCAAAAUUAUGCACCUUCCUUCUUCCGAUUCUUCGACACUCUAUGCGCACACAGACUCUAUAUACAGCAUCGUCUGCAUCGAUGGCAUUAUAAUAUCAUCCAGCAUAAAUGGGGAAGUCAAAUUUUGGAAGUACCAGGAGUCAUACCUGAGCUUUGUGACUAUAAAGAAAAUUGAAACAAAAACGAAGAUCUUCAAAAUGAUCGAAAUUAUUUCCUCCAAAUGUGCUUCAGGCAAUGUUAACAGCAAUGGUAACGUGGAGGAAAAUAAAUUCAACCGAACAUUGUGGGUCUGUGGUGACAACAUAACGAUUAUUAGCCUCUUGAAUUUAGAAAUAGUAAAUGUAGUCAGAUGCAAGUACGGCAGUGUCGUCUCAGUGAUGCAGUACGAAGCUAAUGUCAUCACGGCCAUGAGUGAGGGGAAAAUAUUGGCAUUCAGUCUUCGAGGCGAUAACCACUUCGAAAUGAAUACUCUGCCUAUCUUCUGCAUGGCCGGUCUGACCAAUCAUAAGAAUGUCCCCAUACUUAUUUACGGCUCCAGCAAAGCGUUAUACACUUUUUCGCUGCCCGAGUUUAAUCCCUAUGGAUAUUUGAAGGAUCGCGAAUCCAUGACUCUGAAAUUUAACAUUAACGACCCCGACUUUAUUCUGCCGCUCUCCGGGCCCUACUUCAUCGUGCUGUUUUCUAAUGGUACUGAUUUUGGCCACACGGCCUUAGGAGAGGAGGGAAGCAUCCGCCUCAUGCGAGCGAUGCAGCAAUGCGGAGCCGCUCACUAA